AUGCCUCGCCGACGGAGCACGGGCUGCAUCCCCUGCAAGCUGCGCCGAAAGAAAUGCGACGAGCGGAAGCCAACCUGUGUGGCUUGUGCUCGUAAUGUCCUCCUCUGCGCAUGGGACUCGGGGUCGCACACAAGCAGGCCCCAUAACUCGGACGACAGAGUCUCCAGAACAAGUCAACAGCCGACACGACUUGUUCCAGCCUCAAAGAGCGCAAAUCCGGAAAAUGUGGCGCUAUGUGUGGCGCCUGCGCUUCAUCCACAGCUCGCCAACGCGAAGACAAACUUUCUCUAUUCAUUCUUCUACUCUAGGGCAGCACAGACAUUGUCAAUCAAGGAUGGGUUAGGAAAUCCUUUCAUUCAUGUUCUUAUGCCCUUGGCCGCUGCCAGCGACAUUGUCUUCCAGGCGAUGAUUGCCUUUAGCGGAGUAAUGUAUCAACAGCAGCAUUCUGCUUCCUUUGCCCAAGCCACGUGGGAGCAUUAUGCCCAGGCAAUUCGCAGUUUAAAACAUGCACUCACGCUCCAUGUCGAGCAUCAAGCUGAUCGAGGGACGGAGCUGCUCGCCACUGUGCUUCUAUUGAUAUCCUUAGAGGUUUCCAAAUCAGACUCCGACGGUCAUGCUUUCUGUCAUCUCCAGGCGUGUCGUGAAUUAGUUUCAGGAGCCUUUGCCUACUGCAAGGAUUCUCAAUUGCUCGGCUUCCUAGCGGAACAUUACCUAUACAUUCUGUCGCUCCUGCCCACUAGCUCGAUGGAGUCUCCAGAUAUGAUUGAAGGGGACAUUGAGUUCGCGUUCCAAACCUUAGUCAACAACGCUGUCCCUGCAACGGGCGUUCUAUGUGGGUGUGCCCCCCAGAUGUUUCGUACGAUACCGAAAGCAACAGAGGUAUCGCGUCGUCUAUACGAUGAGUUUACUAGUGAAGCUGGCUCCUCUGUCCAAACUCUUCACGAACACCACAUUCUUUACAACUACAUCCAAUCUUGGGUGCCAGAGGGUGCGGAUAAGGAAAAUUCAGCGAUCGCGCGCGUCUACCAAAAGGCUCUCUUAGUCCUCCUGUCGCAAGCCGAUCCCGGAACCUCUGACAAUCCGGAAACGGAGGUGCUUGUGGCAAAUAUCGUUAGUCUACUUCGAAACAUUCCGGUUCAGUCCAGCACAACCACAGUGCUAGCUUGGCCUCUUGCAACAGUGGCACCGUGUGUGAAGUCUCCCGCUGACCAAGCGUUUAUCCUACGGUACCUAGGUGCUGUAGUACAAAAGUACGGGUUUGAAAAUCAUCGACAGACCGAGCGACUACUGCAGCUGAUUUGGUCCCGUCAGGACUUACAGGAACAAGGGCCAUAUUGCGUACCUCGCGCGAUGGAGGCACAAGGGUUUCGAUUCAUGCUCUGUUAG